AUGUUCAGCCCGACUGUGGCUUGGCGGUCGUGCCCAGACUUGACCGAAUACGACUGCGCCUACCUUAGUGUCCCGCUUGACUAUCUAAACCCCUCGCCAGAUGAGACAGUAUCAUUGGCUCUACGACGUUUGCCCGCAUCCGCUCCAAAGGACGAGAGGCUGGGUACCCUGUUCGUCAAUCCUGGGGGCCCAGGUGGAUCUGGGACUGCUGCUCUCGUCAAUUACGGACAGGAUCUGAAUAUCAUUCUAAAAGGUCGCUAUGAUAUCUUGUCCUGGAUCCCCAAAACAAAGACGACUCCUUAUCUAGGCUGCUAUCCGACGGAUUUCGAUGAAUGGAUUGGUGCGUACAAGGAGGCUCAACUUGGCCUGCCCUUCGAGCUCGGUAACAACAGCCUUUCUUGGUUCGAGAAAGUCGAUGCAUUUUACCUUGCCGACGUAGCAAGCUGUACAAAUAAUGGAAACCAGAAGAUGCUCAAAGCUUCCAGCACUGCUUAUACUGCCCGCGAUAUUCUGAGUAUACUGCAGGCCAUAGGAGAGGAUGAGCGGGGUCUUCAGUAUUGGGGCUUCAGAUAUGGAACGAUUCUUGGAGCGACUUUUGCCGCAAUGUUUCCCGAGUAUGCCUAUCGACUAGUAUUGGAUGGCGUCGCCAAUAGCAACUUCUUCACGAACAACCCCUUCGAUUCUGGCCGCAGCGCCAUGGACGACACGAACAAAGUCUGGGAGGGUUUCUUCAGCGAAUGCGCACUUGCGGGUCCUGGCAGGUGUCCACUGGCAGAACCCGGAUUGACAGCCGACGACAUUCGAGCAAGCAUAGAGGCCCUCAUUGAUUCCCUCCGAGCACGUCCGCUGCCCGUGUCCUUUUCUGGCAAAUUUUCCGGCAUCAUCACUGCCAGUGACGUGAAGACUGCGAUAUUCCAAGCAUUGUAUAAGCCGACCAGAUGGGCCGACCUGGCGAAAGCGUUUUCUGAUGCCAAGAAAGGAGAUGGCGCUGCUUUGGCUAUCUUCAUCGGAGAACCCGCCCUCACGGAGCGCAGAGAGCCCACAGAUAACGUGUUCAGGCGGCAUAUGGUUGCUUCUGGAACGAGUCGUAUUUCUAAUGCUGCAGUCAUGUGUGGUGAUGUUGAUCCGAGGGUGGCUCAUUCAAUAGAUACACCGGAGGAAUUUAUGGAGUAUUCUAAGGAGCUGUCCCAGCUGAGUAUCACGGGGGAAACUUGGACAUUGUUUGCUGGCCGGUGCAGACUAUGGAAUAUAACGGCUUUUGAGGCUUACCGUGGCCCAUGGACAGUCGAAGACGGACUACAGAAGACGAAAUAA